AUGAGUCAAGAGCAAACUUUCGCUAUGCUAGGUCAUGAUGCCGGUUCUCCUGAGCACGAAAGUAGCAACCAAGACUUUGACAUAGAACAAGCAGAUCAUAUGCAACAGGAAACUUCCCACAGAGGGGAUAUCAACGCACAACAAUCAGACGGUGAGACGCUGGAUGAGCACGAAGUGGAUGUGGGUGGGAGAGUGGACAGCCAGCCACAACAAGCGGGUGAAGAUAAUGCCUCGCACUGGUCACCCUCCGCGGACGAAGCUGUGGACGAAGAUGAGCCAGUGCGAGAAGCAGGAGAUGAAGCGGUAAGCAAUGUCCCUGCUCAGUCUACUAAUGAGACCGACUUAGCACCGUCAAGUAUCCCAUACGAUACGGUAGAGAAUCAGCAACCGCACGAGUCCUCCACCGAGAGUACACGAGCUGCGUGGGUGCCGCAGCAAAAUUCGGACAAUAGCUACGAUCACGAAGUCAACGAUCAAGCCCAAUCUGACCCUGCUGUACCAGCCUUCCAGUUCGGGAUUGACAGCGGCGAAUAUGACUUUGUUCACUUUGGCAAGAAUUUCUGGGGCCCGAACAAUGAGCGGUAUGUGAAAAGCGAUGGCCAGCCGUUGUACAGCAAAAUCAAACGGAAGGCCACACCUUUACCGAAGUUCAAUGAGGUGCCCAAGAAGUACUCAAUACUUCCUAGUCUACUUCGUAGAAUACCCAAGUCCGAAACCGAGACUAACAAGCCUGCCACGGCACCAGAGCCACCAGCGAUAUCAGAACCCUUGGCAACAUCAGGCUCAAAGACGGCAUCUUCGUCGUUGUGGGAUGGUGACAAUGAAUCUGAUAUCGCUGAACUUGGUGAGUUCAUCCGAUGCAAUAGUGCUGAAGCAACACCCGAUUCAGCUGCAGUGGUCGACAGCUCGAAUAGCACGAACGCUCAACAGAAAAGCGAUGGACCUAUAUCACCAACGCCUUCAGAUGCUUCCUCUAUCGACUCAGUCACUGGCAUGACACAAACUGAGGGCGUCCAUUUCGGUCAAGCUUACUACAGCGAUGAGCAUCCGAGCCUCGAGAAGAGCCGUGCGCAGCUGAAGGAUCAGGAAGCAGGAAACGAAGCGGUCGAUCGCUUACCUGAGGCUCCUAGACAAGACCGUAUUGACCUGCUGAGCGCCAAGGUCCAUCGUCUUCGUCAUCAGCGAGAUCAAUGCCGAGACUACGCUGAUUAUUUGGAGGCUCAAAUCUCGGAAUCUCAAGCAAGAUUGGCAGAUUCUCAAGCAAAAGCCAAUGAUUGGCGACAUGAGGUCGAAGACUUCCAAAAGCUGGCAACGGAGUCCAAUGAGAACUGCGAGGCUGCUGUAUUGGCCAGACGUAGUGUUGAGAAUAGGCUUGCAGAGGGACAGAGUGCGCAUGCAGAGCUCAGGACAGAGAGAAGCAUGCUUGAAGCUGCGCUUGACGAGCAGCAAAAGGAGAUCGAGGAUCAACGAGCACUCGUUCAGACGCGGCAAGACGAGCUUGAUGCUGCGAAGGAGGAAAUUCAAGAGCUUCUGGACAUGAACUAUGAGCUUCAGCAAGCGCAUGCCGAUACCACAGGUGCAAUCACUCAGACAGAACAGACGCAGACUAACCACGAAAUUCCGACCGGCCAAGCACCGAACGAGACCACGAGAAGUGAGUCACAGACUACGGAUGCGCAGUCUCAGACCGAACAAACGGGUGUCACUCGUGGGACUCAAACCGACGUCCGCGACUCGUCGUCAUCGUCGUCAUCAUCGUCGUCGUCCUCCUCUUCUGACUCGGGCUCCGACUUAGACACAGACUCCGAGUCUGAUCCACUUGUGCCUGUCGAUGCUGAGCGAUGGCGUAUGGACCGCAUUGACGAGAUAGCAAGGCGCAUCGCGAAGUGGGUUAACGACCAACAUCGCGCUGAGGAUCGCUAUAACCCUUUAGUAGUCACAGCUGUGCAAGUUCGACAAAUCCUUGGCAAUGGUACGACGAACUUCUGGUCACUUCAUGACCAGUUGAGACAGCUGGGUCUCGUGUUCAGACAUGAUCGUUUCGCGGCCCACAUCGAAGAACUCACACGAGACAUCGGAGCAUACACAAGUCUGGAGGCCAUGAUCGUGGCACGAGAUAUCGAACCUAAUGAUCAUCCUCAGAGAAAGCUACUUCAUGAGAUCGAUGACCAGAUACGAGACCCGAACCACUACCAGCAGAUAAGGGAUCUGGUGCAAUCAAAGUGGCGGAUUGGGGCAGAGUACGACAAACUGCGUUGCCAGAUGGACAAGAGAGAGGAAGAUCUCAGGGAGUGCCGUGCUAAGAGCAGGCUGGCAGAAUUAGAAAGCGGAGAGAAAGACGCACUUCUUAAACAGUACCGUACACGUGGUAAAGAGCUAGAGAAGGAGCUGGCGGUUGCGAAUCAGGACAUUACCGCGAUCGCAAGUCAACUAGAUAGCUACAGCGAAGCCGCAGACGACAACGGUCAAAAGAAGCUUGCGGAAGUGACGAAGCAGCUAGCUGAAUGCCAGGAACAUGGCCGUCAGCUCAAGAAGGAGCUUGAAGAUACAAGGCAAGCGGUGAGCGAUGUCGGCAAGCAAGUAGAGUCUUGCACGAAAGGGAGAGGCACCAGUGAUGAGGGGGACCUCGCCCUGGAGCAGCUGAUACAUUGCGAGAAGCAUAAUGCGCAGCUGCAGCAGGAGCUCCGUGAGACACAACAAGCCGUGGAAGAGCUCACAGCCCGCUUGGACUCUGACGAUGAAAGGAGUUCCGUGGCCGAUCAGGAUCAGCUUAACAAAUUGAAGGAACGACUGCUUCGGUGUCGCAACCAUGGCUUGCAGCUUACGGAGGAGCGUGAUGGCCUGGAAAGUAAGGUCGAGAAGCUGCAGGGCCUGCUUACUAAAGCGAAUGACAAUAAUCUGGGCUUGAAGGACCACGUCAAUAACCUUCAAGCCAUGCGACAUUCGCUCGAGCUCAGCUGCGGCAAGCUGGCCGAAGCCAUGGAGCAGAUCCAGCUUAGCGAUAGCAUGAAGGACGCUGCCGAACGACAAGAUGAGCAUAGUGCGUCACACGAUGCAUCUGACGAGAUUGCUGAGCUGAGGAGAAAAGAGGCCGUCCAUCUCGCUAUGCUCGCGGCCGCGAAGACGGUGAUUGAUGCCUUGCAAAUGCAGGUCACUGAAGGCAUCAACCGUCCGCCACACAUCAUUGUCGCAAGUUGUCUCCAAGAGAACACGACAGAAGAUCUUCCUGAGCAGCCCACACCUCUGCCCUCAUCUGCCAUCAUACCAGAGACCCUCCCUUCGAGCCGACGCUUCCAGCAGCAAGCGCCGUGGAAUGCUUUCGAGCUGAGAAUUAUGCAGACUGACGCCUACCAGCGAACUCGUGAGACCCUCCGAAAGAGACAUGAGCAGGAAGCCAGAUUGAGAACCGAGGAACGCGAGCUUAGGCGACAGGCGUACGAGAACCUUACUGGAUCGACGGAGAUCCCAUAUAUGACUCGCGCGGACAGGAUGGAAGCCCUGCAAAGGCUCAUCGUAGUGUGA